AAUGGCUUCAAAUUCAGAGCCCCUGAGUCUCUCGGCCUACGGAGCCGCUCGCUCCACAAUCUCAGGAAAGCUACUGUCCGCCGACGAGAUUCGCAAGACGAACGCCUACUUCCGAGCAAGCCUCUACCUCUGUCUCGGGAUGUUGUAUCUCCGCGAAAACCCACUUCUCAAAGAGCCGCUGAAACUCGAGCACAUCAAAGCGCGUCUCCUCGGCCACUGGGGCUCCGACGCCGGCCAAUCCUUCACCUGGAUGCACAUGAACCGGCUUAUCAAGAAAUAUGACCUCGAUGUUCUCUUCGUGUCGGGACCCGGUCACGGCGCGCCGGGGAUUCUCUCGCAGUCGUACCUCGAGGGAGUCUAUUCAGAGGUGUAUCCUGAUAAAGGGGAGGAUGAGAAAGGAAUGCAGAAGUUCUUCAAGCAGUUCUCGUUUCCAGGGGGGAUCGGCAGCCAUGCAACGCCCGAGACACCGGGCAGUAUUCAUGAAGGCGGAGAGCUGGGAUAUUCGAUCUCGCAUUCGUUCGGGGCGGUGUUUGAUCACCCGGAUCUGAUCACCUUGACUAUGGUGGGUGAUGGAGAGGCUGAGACUGGCCCGCUUGCGACCAGCUGGCAUAGCACGAAGUUUUUGAACCCGUGUACGGACGGUGCCGUGCUUCCUGUGCUGCAUUUGAAUGGAUAUAAGAUUAACAACCCGACGUUGCUGGCGCGCAUCAGCCAUGAUGAGCUGUCUGCGUUGCUAGUUGGAUAUGGAUGGACUCCGUACUUCGUCGAGGGCAGCGAGUUGGAUAGUAUGCAUCAAGCGAUGGCAGCCACACUUGAACACUGCGUGCUUGAAAUCAAAAAGUUUCAGAAGCAGGCUAGGGAGUCAGGAAAGCCGUUUCGCCCUCGUUGGCCGAUGAUUGUUCUUCGAAGUCCAAAAGGCUGGACGGCUCCGAAGGAAGUCGAUGGAAAGCGACUGGAAGGGUUCUGGCGGGCGCAUCAAAUCCCCAUUACCGACGUCAACACGAACCAGAAGCAUUUGAAGGUUCUGGAGGACUGGAUGAGGAGCUACAAGCCCGAAGAGGUCUUCGAUAAAUCCGGCAGACUGAUUCCUGAGCUCCGCGAACUAGCCCCGAAAGGUCGGUCUCGAAUGAGUGCCAACCCGAUCGGCAAUGGUGGUCUUGUUCGCAGACCUCUUGACAUUCCUGACUUCCGAGUCUACGGACUUCGUGACAUUGAACCGGGAGUCACCGUUCGAGGCAGCAUGGUAAACAUGUCCACAUUCCUCCGCGACGUGAUGGCCCAGAACAUCAAGACAUUCCGGCUUUUCGGCCCCGACGAGACCGAAUCGAACAAACUCUCUAGGGUCUACGAAGCCGGCAAGAAGGUCUGGAUGGCCGAGUACUUCGAUGAAGAUACGGACGGGGGAAAUCUUGCGUUCGCGGGACGCGUCAUGGAAAUGCUUAGCGAGCAUACAUGUGAGGGCUGGCUCGAGGGAUACGUUCUAUCCGGUCGACACGGGCUUCUAAAUAGCUACGAGCCUUUCAUUCAUGUUAUCGAUUCCAUGGUUAACCAGCACUGCAAGUGGAUUGAAAAGUGCCUCGAGGUGGAAUGGCGCGCCAAGGUGGCGUCGCUGAAUAUUCUGCUCACCGCGACCGUCUGGCGACAGGAUCACAACGGAUUCACCCACCAAGACCCCGGCUUCCUCGACGUGGUUGCGAACAAAAGCCCCGAAGUCGUUCGAAUUUACCUUCCUCCCGACGGAAACACCCUGCUCUCAGUGACGAACCACUGUCUCGCAAGUGUCAACUACGUCAACGUAAUCGUGGCAGACAAGCAAGACCACAUCCAGUUCCUGAAUAUGAACGAGGCUAUCGAACACUGCACCAAGGGUGCCGGAAUCUGGGACUGGGCGAGCAACGACCAGGGCGUAGAGCCAGACGUCAUCAUGGCAGCGUGUGGUGACGUUCCGACACACGAGGCCCUGGCCGCGACUUCUCUUCUCCGGGAACAUUUGCCCCAGGUGAAGGUGCGAUUCGUCAACGUCGUCGACCUAUUCCGCCUCAUCUCGGAAAGCAACCAUCCGCAUGGAAUGUCAGACCGACAAUGGAAAGCGCUGUUCACUGACAACAAGCCCAUUAUCUUCAACUUCCACUCGUACCCCUGGCUCAUCCAUCGUUUGACAUACAAGCGACCGGGUCAAGAGAACCUGCAUGUCAGGGGCUACAGGGAGAAGGGAAAUAUCGAUACACCAUUCCAGCUUGCGGUCAGAAACCAAACAGAUCGAUAUCGCUUGGCUAUUGAUGCGAUCGAUCGCAUACCGUCGCUCGGGAAUACAGCCGCUGGGGUUCGCGAGAGGUUCAUCAACCUGCAGUUGGCGGCGAAGGAGGAGACGAUGGAGAAUGGAAUCGAUCCGGAGUAUAUUCGCAACUGGAAGUGGCCGUAUCCGAAGAAAUAGGACAGGAGUUGCGACCUAGUAUAAUGUUUGACAAACUAA